UUAGCCAGAAGAAUGUGCGGCGACUACCGAGAGCUGAAUCACAUAACAAAAGCAGAUCUCUACAGCAUGCCGGCUGCGGACGAGAACUUUGACAGGAUGGAAGGCGCGGUGAUCUUCUCAACACUGGACAUGCGGCAGGGGUUUAACCAGAUUGUGAUCAAGGAAGAAGACAAAUGCAAGACCGCCUUCCAUGGCGUAGACGGCUACACUCCUGGGGUUUCUGAACUACUACAGACGCUUUAUUCCCAACUUCAGCAAGAGAGCUCACCGGCUGAAUCAGCUGCUGAGGGAGGGGCAGGCAUGGUAGUGGGGACCAGAGGAGGAGCAAGCGAGAAGGGAUCUGCUGGAGGCCAUCAAAGCAGGAAUGGUACUGCAGCUGCCAAGGAGAGAUGCCCCGUUCACGCUCUAUACGAACUGGAGGAGCAUGGGCAUGGGAGCAGUACUGUGUCAAGAGGUGGAGGGAGAAGAACGAGUGGUAGCCUGUGCUAUUAGUGCUGCAGGAGUGACGGUUUCUGCAAGGUCGGGGGAGACUGAUUGGGAAACCGCACACAGGCAUCUAGGGCA